AUGGGACAGAAAAUUGGUGAUGGUGGGGGCGGUGUUGGUGGUGGUGGUGGUGGUGGUGGUGGUGGUGGUGGUGGUGGUGGUGGUGGUGGUGGUGGUGGUGGUGGUGGUGGUGGUGGUGGUGGUGGUGGUGGUGGUGGUGGUGGUGGUGGUGGGAAUUGCGUUAUCGAUGACCGUUGGUCGACAAAUUGAAGGUUUCCAGAUCAGAAGGCAGAAGAGACAGCUGGGCAAGGGUGACGUAGGCGACGCAUUAGACGCAAAAUAAGCAGAUAAUGGCAGUCAGCGUUUUCACCUGGCAUAUGCCAGCCGAAAUUCAUGAAUCCUAACUUCGUCCACCUCCGAUAAAUCAAGGAAGACAAGACUAUCGAUCUGCGUCACAAGCCGGAGGUUGGGGGAGGCGUUUUAUUCCAACCAAAGGUUAUAUGGGUGAGCUGCGGUGCCGACGACCGUGAGAACGGGCAGCUGUGGUGUUCCGCAGUUAGUACAACUGUGUCUUCAGUGUAGUGUGGUCGUCUGGAUCGUGCACCUCUACAAGAUGCUGAAUAGCUCUUUUGUUUAAUUCGGAGCAACGAACAGACAAAUUUAGCCAAACAAUAUCCUUCUUUUCUUUGGUCACUUUCCUUGUGGUUAUCACUGGGAUUGGGUUUGCAGCCUCAUCGUGGAGAUGGCAAGGCGGUGGUCUACCCAACAGCUCAUCUCCGUCCAAAGCACGUCGUAUCGACUUCGCCUCCGGACAACGACACCUUCGUUGUUAUUAAAAUAACUGGCAUUGUGCACCUUGAAGAACUCCUGAAGUCGGUUGACUCGAAUAUUCAAUUCACGAUGAAAGAUGGAACAAACAACCAACUUCCCCUCCUCGGCGUGCUUGCGCGCCGCUGUUCAAUUGGAUAACAGCAAGCUCCAGCAUUUAGAAAAGUCGCCGACACGAGGUAACUACUACAUUUCAACAGCGAUCAUUUCCUAUCUGACAAAUGCAGCUGUGUCCAUACUAUUUCAAAAGGCUGAAAUACACUGUAAUACGACAGCAGACAAAAUGGCCGAAUGACUAUACUUCAGAACCUCUUCAGAGCUGGUACUAAUCCCAGCCAUUUUAUCGAGAAAAGGGGCCACGGAGCGCUCAGACGACGGACAAAGGAGCAGCAAUAUGACGUCUGGAGAAGUCGCCGAGACGCUCUCUCGACUGUUAUAACCCGCCAGAGUAAACAUAGCCCAUCGAUUCCAAGCAACAAUGUGACGCCGUUUGGCGCAACCUAAAGACAUGCUGCCACCCGCGGAAACCUUAGCAAUUGUCUGGAAAAUAAGCUGCAAUGAUGUGGACUGCAAUUAUGUUGGGGAAAUCGUGACAGACAUUGCAGACCGGCUCUCAAGAACACAGAUCGACAAUUCGGAGACUAUACUCAAACUCUCAGCCUGAUACGCACGUUGGAAAACUGGCCCUGAUUCUCAUCUUCAGGGAGCUAUCGCCUUGGGCCGGGACGUCUCAAAGGCAGAAAGGCCAACACUCGAGGCUUGACACCCAGAUGCCAACUCCAUCAACAGGCAUCAAAACCUUCCUACAGCUUACAAAGCCUCGCUCAACUAUAUUUAAGAAGGCCAUGCAGAUACAUCUCGAAGACAAACCCACUCUACGAGAAGGUAAAGGGUGGCCAGACCGACCAAUCCAGAUAGAGGCUCAAUCGCCUCCCCCCUCCAGAUAGUGACUCACAAAGCACACAGUUAAAAGUCAAUUGAACAUCCCCGAAAGGCCGAGGCAGAGAGAAAGGAAAAAAUCGAUCAGCAUGAGGCCAACUAGCUCGACACGCUACUUCCAUUUCUGUUCGAUUACGAGCUUUUACACUUUAACAAUGGUCAGCCAACUUAUCUACCGGAGGUGUCACCAUGCCAAUAAACCUAUUUCAGCGCACUGUUCUUAUUUCUCAAAUUAUCAGCCUGGGUAUCUCAAGUUUGCCAAUCGAAGCUAAUAGUUCCGAAUGAGUGAGCGGAUGCAGUGACAUGAUCGGUCUUUAAAUGAGGUAUGUGGCUUCAAUGGAUGAUGUCUACCACAGUGUUGGGCAUUGGAAAUCCUUUUAGAGGCCUGUGGACUUCACACUACGUUGAUUUUAACGUUAUCCAAGGACGUUAUCCAGGACCACAACUUGCGGCUGAUGCGAAGGAAGGUAAGCAGAUUAAUUUCAAUGGUGUCGGUGUUUUGCGGUGUGGGGUGGUUUCGUUGAGGUAACUGUGGACGAAUAGUCCACCAAUGGAUACUCCUGUCUCAAAUUAGAAAUGACAUUGGGCAGAGGUUGCGAAAGGUUGGAAUUUCGUGAUGUAAGUCACUUGUAAACCAGCCUGUGGGAUUUCCGCUUCUUUUUAUUCUUUUGUAUCCGGUUCGUUUUGAUGAUGGUUGCCCCCUUCUUUUGGAAAAACUGCAAUGUGGACAAUGCCACUGCUAUUGGAUCGAACGCCUUGAUAUGCAGUAGAUAACGCAACCCAUGAAAUGCGAUAAAAUUACUCUGAAUGAUCAUUUCGGGGCUCGUUUAACAUUGUGCGCAUGACUCAUUUAUCAAAAGUGUUCUGUAGAAGUAUUCUUCUCAUGCAUAAUAUACCCCUAAGUUGGUUUUUCAAUGAAAAUAUCUACAAAUUUAGUUUUUGCAGUUGAUCAAGAAUAUAUUUGUCGUGGACCUUCGGUUUGGACGUCCAUUGUUUCGGUGCCGAGGUUUGGUGUAUCAUUGAGUCAGUAAAUACGAUCACUACCAGCAUAAAAGAGAGCGCCAGAUAAUGCCCUAUUUACGUGAAUUUUUAUGAAAUAUUUUAGUUUGAAGGCUAUGCUAGAUCCCAACUGCAGAAUCUGUCACUUUGGUAGUUGAUCGUUUAUACUGAAAACCACAUAAUAUUCACUAAUAUAUGAGGGACGCCCUGAUUCCCAACGGACUUCACGAUCACCAAACAGUCAUUUUAUAGAAGAAAUGUUCUCUCGUUUCACGAAAGCUUGCAAACUUACGAUUUCAUCUCGAAACUCUGUUUUAGCUUCUUAGUCACGGGCCUGCCUCUAAGCAUGGUAUCUAGCUAAUUGAUAACCAGUCUGGAGUCUUACGGAAUUAAUCUUUUGUCCUUAACACGCCGUCUUGAAGUUGCCUAACUAAUUUUGCGAGCCUUUUUGAACAUCGUCAUUUCAUGAUCACUACCCAAAAUUGGUUUCGGUUCACAAUGCCGAAGGCACUUGUGAGAUUGGUGUAGAUCAUAGAGACUUCUCCUCAUUUGUUGACAUUGUUCCCGAAAUGGCCGAGCGUUCUGCGGUACUUUUGGGAUCUUUACCACACCACCGGGCGUAAUGCCCUGACUGGGAGCUUGGGCAGGAAGUAAGCAAGGGUUCUUCUAAACUACUAGGAACGAUCAAACCGUGUCGAGAAUCUAGCGUUUUCCUUUUCGUCCGACAAGACGUCCACAGUACCGUCCAUGAGAUUUUAUGGGUAUAUGUUAACGUAUGUAUUGUAGAGUUUACAGCCAGAGUCUUCAAUGAUUCUGUUAAUUUAUAGUUGCGUCAUUUCCCACAUACAACCACAUGGUGGAGUAUUACGAUCCGCCUAUCUAAUGUCCAGUGACUCAAAAUCUGUAGCAUUCUGCGGAGAUUUAGGCACUGUGCGGAGUUGUUGUGCUAAACAUUUUUUAUCCUGCCCAGGCUCCCUUUCACAGAGACAGUGAACGAUAGCUGUCAGCACCUGAUGCUGCUUGGAGCAUUUUGUUUACGACCGCAUAGUAGUUUACAUAUUAGAAUUCUGAUAUGCUCAGCCCAGCGGCUCAGGUCCUGUGCUUUCCCCAGUAACGAGGUAUUAUCACCUAUGACCGGCGAAAGUAAACGUUCAUUUUACCGAAUCCAGUCAGUCUAUCAAUUGGUUUGCAUCCCCAGAGUCUCUGUUUCACUUCGCUUUCUUUUAGAAAGAAUGAGAUUUUGUGUCCGACUGUGUUCAAGCAAAAUUAGUCUCGCAAUCGGAGGAGAGUUUGCAUUCCCUCAAAGCUAUCGCUGCGUCCGUUUUGUUGACCUCGGUCUGCAAGCUCAAGGCCAUGCGUGACGACGGUGCAAAUAAAAUCAACUUUUUUUCUCCCCAACAUCUGUGGACUCUAAGGCCUGCACAUUCUUCAGCUCGUUCUGAAUCUGUUAGUAGGACCCAAUCUGCUUUCCACCGUGCCAGGUAUAGGCGUCCCUAAUUCGGUUUGUGCUUUCUUCGCCGCAGACUGAUCCAGCGGUUUGAUUUUCAGCCUCAUUCUUAAAACGAGCAUAAAAUAAUCCAGUCCAGCAGCCCGCAGAACAUAGCGUUUUUGUCACCGGCUUAUCCAGUCGGGGAAUUCUUUUUACGAGCAAUCUAUCUGCUGCUUUAGGUGAUCUUCGUCCACACGUGAACUGAAGUCACCAAGACCAAAGAUUCGCUCCGCACCUCACACGGACACGAGGACGCGUAGAUACUCGAAAAACUUUACUUUCACACCAAAACGAAUUGUUCUUGAAGGAAAAUGACGAUGACGACCAUGUAGGAGUUAUAUCCUCACGUCGCGGGUCGUAUUCUAGUAGGAGGGGAGGGGACCCCCCACAAUAAUGUUUUUGAGAGCAAAAGGCCACAAAACCCUUUCUUGUUUCCUUUUGGCGGCCAUGAUGAGAGAUAUUGUAUCGCGUACCGGACAAAUUAACUGAAUUAGUCCUAGUAUCGAAUCUUGAAAAGAACAAGAAUGUCCGCCUUGUACUGAGCCAAUUAGCAGGCGGCCAGAUAUAUAUGUUCUUGUAGUAACCCUACUCCGAGCGCCUGUCGCAAUGCUGGGUCUCUCGCGAGUGUCUGCACAUGCGCAAUAAGGCUGUCUGGCGUUUGCCCACUCGGCUUUUCAACUGGUCAAUCAGAUUCGGGGCCGCGCCAGACGUGCUCUGGCUUAAGACGCUUUGACGCAUUCCCUUAUACACUUGGGACGCCGCAUUCCCGAAGCCGGAGGCACUUUGCUCUGGCUAUCAACUCCUUUCAAUCUCUUCUCCGGUUGUUCUGUACAGAAUAUACAAUCCUCUCAACUGGCGUCCAUCUUUUCUUCCCAUCCGAAAUCGAACCUGAAGGUCGCGGUUGCCAGGGUCUCGCUCUCGGCUUAGGAUUCUGCGAUAUUGGUAGUGUCUAAGCAAUUUGAGUGUGUACUCAGAGCACUACAAUCGUCAGGACAAAUCCCGUGUUGGAGGAGAAGAUAGAAGGCACCAGAAUGGGGAGUUUAUUGUAUACAGGAACCUGAGUUGUUCUCUGAGGCGACAGUGGCCGUUGGGGAAGGCGGGGCUGGUGUUGACUGCGUCCAGUCAUGUCUGAGAGUUCUAGAGAUAGUCGUAGCAGCCGCUUUUGUAGGUUUAUGGGCAAUUUGAAGUGGUGUCCAAUUGGUUUGUUGCAUUUUCCGAGGGCUAGUGUCCGAGCGUUUUUGGUUGCAGGGGGAUGGCGAGUUUAAGUGGCGUAUGGGCAUCUGCGACCCUAUGAGUGCAUGUGCGCCCGAGGUGAAGUCGGUCGAGUGGCUGCAAGUCAGCGGGUGUGGAACCGCUCGCUGCAAAGGGGAAUGAUCUUGACACGAUGGCGUAUUGAACAAGGAGGCCAGACAUGUCCACGAUGUCUGCCGGCAACAUUCUCGUCAUCGGUCUACGGGCAAUUCUACUAUCUAAGUAGUAUGAGCAUUCCACGUAGCCAGAAUAACCGAUGUCAUUCUGUCGGGAGGUAUGGAAAGAAGGGGACGAGCCUUGCAUUUGAGUAUAUCUAUUUAAUAACAAUUAUAGAGGAAGGCAGCCAUGGGUUUUUCCGUCGACGACACGGUCUACUCGCUUCUGGAGUCCCUUCUCUUACGAGAUUGUAAGCAGUGCUUCCUUCAACAAGAAUGCUUGGACAUCGCAGGUCCCUGCUUCGUCUACUUGGAUCCAGGGUUGGACUUGUGCAAAAUGUAGCCCGCCUAGAGGGUUUUUGCCAAUCAAUGGGAUAUGCUACUUAACCCUGGCACACAAACUGCUGGUCUCUAUUCCGUUCCACAGAUCUAACGACUUCGAAAUUAAAUAAAUCUUCGAGCGAAACUACAUUUUAAAAUUGUACCAGGGGUCAUCAAGCAACAACCAAACGAGUGUUUGCAGCCGUUCCUUUGAACGAAAUAAAUUGAACAACAAAAUUUAUUGGAGUGCAAAAAAACGCACUUGCAAUUUGAUGACUUUUAAGAAAUGCAAUAAUAAAAAUAAUCAAAAGUUGCCUUCCUCAGCGAUAUUUUAUCCCGCUUUCCAUAAGUAUCUCAAGGUACACCAGCAAACCGAACAAAAGUUGCGCCGAAUUUGGUGGAAUCUAAAACCAGGAGACUGGAGAUUGUGCAGUAGAAAAAUCCCAGCCCCAACAAAGUCCUUAGGCCCCUCAUUCUCUGAAUUCUUACUGAUUCAGCGGGAAAGUAGACUUUGCCAGCUGCAGAUCAGAACACUGCCACACUGGUGAGUACGAAGGCUACGACUGUAAGGACGGCCACUGCGCCACGGUGUCCAACUGCAGCCAAUGUCGUGAGGAGAAUGAUUACGACUGGUGUGGUGGUCAUGCUCUAAGCAACAUAAGCAACUACAUAUAUGCGGUUAUGCACUGUCAGCCACAAAGUCUAAUGCGUUUGCAGUACACUGUCCCUCUGUAACUCGCAUCAAUUUUAUCAAUGCUGAUUAUAAUGUUGCAUAUCAUUACGUAGCCCACAAAAUCCGAAAUAUAUAAACCCCGCCAGAUUUAACUCUCCCGCACUCUCAAAUUCCAGACUUCUUGCAUAGUGAAUUCCAGCGCCUAGGCCUGCAGUGACAAGCCUAGCAUGUCCACAGAUUUCCAGAGAGUUGCAACCGACAUCUAAGAUAACCAAGAUCGACAAAUCCAUACUCCAUUAGGCCAUCCCAUGAACAGCUGACAGAGUGCACUCAUAAAUCGAACGCAGCAGCACCCGACUCACUGGUGUAUAAAAGACCCACAGACUGAUGCCUCUGCAACAAAACAACAACCACAGCAGCCAUGAAACUCCUCAUCCUCUGCGCUCUUGUCGCUGUCGCCUCAGCCCACUACUACCCGGAGUCUCAUUACGGCAGUGUUGGUCGCGGUCACUUCCACGGCCAUGCCGCCGUGAAGGGCGACAUCUACUUCGAUGGGUGCUACGAGGAGACCUGCCACAAGGGUGACUACUUCGGCUAUGGCUGCAAGGCCGGUCGCUGCGCCUACAUCUGCCACCCCAAGGGCUGCUACGAAUCCCAUGCCUUCUCAGAGACCAGUGCUGAGAGCUGGGGUGAACAGGAGGGCUACGGCAAACGCUUUGAGGAGGGUGGUUCCAAGGGUCAGAGCCAGUACAAGGGUCACGUGCAAUUCAGUGGUCGUGUAGACUUUGCGGGCUGCAGCUCGGAGCACUGCCACAGUGGUGAGUACGAGGGCUACGACUGCAAGGACGGUCACUGUGCCACGGUGUGCAAGGGCAGCGAAUGCCACGAGGAGAAGGAGUACGGCGGCUAUGGCUACGGCCACGGCUAUGGCUAUGGUUACUAG